GGUCACCGGCGCGCACGUGGGAGGAAGUGUUAGUGCCCGCGGCUGCCGCUGCUGCUUCUUUGGUUACGAUUGUCCGCCGCCCAGCCGCCGUCUCCAGCUGUGCCGCCGCCAUGGGAGUCCCGGCGUUCUUUCGCUGGCUCAGCCGCAAGUACCCGUCCAUCAUUGUCAACUGCGUGGAAGAAAAGCCAAAAGAAUGCAAUGGUGUCAAGAUUCCAGUUGAUGCUAGUAAACCUAAUCCCAAUGAUGUGGAGUUUGAUAAUCUGUAUUUGGAUAUGAAUGGAAUCAUCCACCCCUGUACACAUCCUGAAGACAAACCAGCACCAAAAAACGAAGAUGAAAUGAUGGUUGCAAUUUUUGAGUACAUUGAUAGACUUUUCAAUAUUGUAAGACCAAGAAGACUUCUCUACAUGGCAAUAGAUGGAGUGGCACCACGUGCUAAAAUGAACCAGCAGCGGUCCAGGAGGUUCAGAGCAUCAAAAGAAGGAAUGGAAGCAGCAGUUGAGAAGGAGCGAGUCAGGGAAGAAAUAUUAGCAAAAGGUGGCUAUCUUCCUCCAGAAGAAAUAAAAGAAAGAUUUGACAGCAACUGUAUUACACCAGGAACUGAGUUCAUGGACAAUCUUGCUAAAUGCCUUCGCUAUUACAUAGCUGAUCGUUUAAAUAAUGACCCUGGGUGGAAAAAUUUGACAGUUAUUUUAUCUGAUGCAAGUGCUCCUGGUGAAGGAGAACAUAAAAUCAUGGAUUACAUUAGGAGACAAAGAGCCCAGCCUAACCAUGAUCCCAAUACUCAUCAUUGUUUAUGUGGAGCAGAUGCUGAUCUCAUUAUGCUUGGCCUUGCCACACAUGAGCCCAACUUUACCAUUAUUAGAGAAGAAUUCAAACCAAACAAGCCUAAACCAUGUGGUCUUUGUAAUCAGUUUGGACAUGAUGUCAAGGAUUGUGAAGGUUUACCAAGAGAGAAGAAGGGAAAGCAUGAUGAGCUUGCAGAUAGUCUUCCUUGUGCAGAAGGAGAGUUUAUCUUCCUUCGGCUCAAUGUUCUUCGUGAGUACUUGGAACGAGAACUCACCAUGGCCAGUCUACCUUUCACAUUUGAUGUCGAGAGGAGCAUUGACGACUGGGUCUUCAUGUGCUUCUUUGUGGGAAAUGACUUCCUUCCUCAUUUGCCAUCAUUAGAGAUUAGGGAAGGUGCAAUUGACCGUUUGGUUAACAUAUACAAAAAUGUGGUACACAAAACUGGGGGUUACCUUACAGAAAGUGGUUAUGUCAAUCUGCAAAGAGUACAGAUGAUCAUGUUAGCAGUUGGUGAAGUUGAGGAUAGCAUUUUUAAAAAGAGAAAGGAUGAUGAGGACAGUUUUAGAAGACGUCAGAAAGAAAAAAGAAAGAGAAUGAAGAGAGAUCAACCAGCUUUCACUCCUAGUGGAAUAUUAACCCCUCAUGCCUUGGGUUCAAGAAAUUCGCCAGGUUCUCAAGUAGCCAGUAAUCCGAGACAAGCAGCCUACGAAAUGAGGAUGCAGAAUAACUCUAGUCCUUCAGUGUCUCCAAAUACAAGUUUUACAUCUGAUGGCUCCCCAUCUCCAAUAGGAAUUAAGCGAAAAGCAGAAGACAGUGACAGUGAACCUGAGCCAGAGGAUAACGUCAGGUUAUGGGAAGCUGGUUGGAAGCAGCGGUACUACAAAAACAAAUUUGAUGUGGAUGCGGCUGAUGAGAAAUUUCGUCGUAAAGUUGUACAGUCUUACGUUGAAGGACUUUGCUGGGUUCUUCGAUAUUAUUACCAGGGCUGUGCUUCCUGGAAGUGGUAUUACCCAUUUCAUUAUGCACCGUUUGCGUCAGAUUUUGAAGGUAUUGCAGACAUGCCAUCUGAUUUUGAGAAGGGAACAAAACCAUUUAAACCACUGGAACAACUUAUGGGAGUGUUUCCAGCUGCCAGUGGUAAUUUCCUGCCUCCAUCAUGGCGGAAGCUCAUGAGUGAUCCCGAUUCUAGUAUAAUUGACUUCUAUCCUGAAGAUUUUGCUAUUGAUUUGAAUGGAAAGAAAUUUGCAUGGCAAGGUGUCGCGCUGCUGCCAUUUGUGGAUGAACGGAGGCUGCGAGCCGCCCUGGAGGAAGUGUACCCCGACCUCACUCCUGAAGAGACCAGAAGAAACAGCUUGGGAGGCGAUGUCUUGUUUGUGGGGAAGCAUCACCCACUCCAUGACUUCGUUUUAGAGCUGUACCAGACGGGCUCCACAGAGCCAGUGGAUGUGCCACCUGAACUGUGUCAUGGGAUUCAGGGAAAGUUUUCUUUGGAUGGAGAAGCUGUUCUUCCAGAUCAAGUGGUAUGUUCUCCCGUUCCCAUGUUACGGGAUCUGACACAGAACACUGCAAUCAGUAUUAAUUUCAAAGACCCACAGUUUGCCGAAGAUUACGUUUUUAAAUCUGUGAUGCUUCCAGGAGCAAGAAAGCCAACAACAGUGCUGAAGCCCAGUGACUGGGAUAAGUCCAGCAAUGGGCGGCAGUGGAAGCCCCAGCUGGGAUUCAGCCGUGACCGGCGGCCUGCCCACCUGGACCAAGCUGCCUUCAGGACGCUGGGCCAUGUUAUGCCGAGAGGCGCAGGAACUGGCAUUUACAGCAAUGCUGCACCACCACCUGCAACCUAUCAGGGAAACUUAUACAGGCCACUACUGAGAGGACAAGCCCAGAUUCCAAAACUUAUGUCAAAUAUGCGGCCCCAGGAUUCCUGGCGAGGCCCUCCUCCCCUUUUCCAGCAGCAAAGAUUUGACAGAGGUGUUGGGGCUGAACCUCUGCUGCCAUGGAAUAGGAUGCUUCAAGCCCAGAAUGCAGCCUUCCAGCCAAACCAGUACCAGAUGUUGGCCGGACCUGGCGGAUAUCCGCCCCGACGAGAUGAUCGUGGAGGGAGACAGGGCUUUCCCAGAGAAGGAAGGAAAUACCCUUUGCCACCACCCUCAGGAAGAUACAGUUGGAAUUAAGCUUUUGUAAAGCUUUCCCCCAACCCCUUUGUCAUUCUACAGUUUUAUGCUAUUUGUGGAAAGGAGAUUUCUUUCUCAAGUAGUAGUUUUUAAUAAAACUACAGUACUUUGUGUAUUUCUUUUAACUGUGUAUAUUUCUACUGAUCUGAUCUCACUGUUUAUGUUGCUUUCCAAAGAUGUGUGUUGCAUAAUACAGUGGAUCUGAAUUUAUUAUUGCUUGUAAAACAUUUGAUGGAGUAGGAGUAAUGAUUUUUCAUUAUGGUUAAAAUGAACCAACUGUGGAUUUCAAAACACAGUGUCCUCUAGAUCCUAUAAGAUCCAUGCUGAUUUUUAAUGCGCAAGAAUUAGGUAAGAUAUUGAGCUGGAACCCUCAGCAAACUAGAGUAUAUAUUGUUCCGUUUUUCUUUGGAAACACUUCAUUAAUGUACUUGUCUUACAGGAAUUUCUGGACUUUAGUAAAAAAAAAUAAAGUUAAACUUUAAAAACU